AGUUUCCCUGAUUUUAUUUUAUUUUUAGUUAACUUUUCCCAUUUCCCUUUCACCAUUUUUCAUAAAAUCUUCUAACUGAAAAUUGAAAUUGAAGUUUCGAGAUUCCUCAGGAUGGCGCUUCGUGCUGCUACUCAUCAAGGAACCAGCCGUAUCGCGGCGACGCUACGGCGCGUCGCUCGGCCAUUCUCAACAGACGCGGUGGUAGAGACGGGGGAUUACAAGCGUGGGGAGAUCGGCAAGGUCUCCGGAAUCCCUGAGGAGCAUCUCUCUCGCAAGGUGAUAAUAUAUUCACCAGCUAGAAGUGCUACACAGCAAGGAUCUGGCAAACUUGGCAAAUGGAAGAUUAACUUCGUCUCCACCUUAAAGUGGGAGAACCCGUUGAUGGGAUGGACUUCUACAGGUGACCCUUAUGCCAAUGUAGGCGACUCUGCUCUUUCUUUUGAUUCUGAGCUUGCUGCCAAGUCCUUUGCUCAGCGUCACGGCUGGGAUUAUGUGGUCAAGAAGCCCAAAACGCCCUUAUUGAAGCCUAAGUCUUACUCGGACAACUUCAAGUGGAAAGGCAAACCUCAACUAGAUAACUGAUCUUCUUCCAUUUCUCGAGAAAAAAAAGGAGAAACUUCAUCUGAUAAAUAAAAAGAAACCUCUCAUGGUUUCUUUCUUGUUUUAGCAUCUCUGAGCUUGUUCUCUGAACUAUGUAUUAUACAUGUUUGGAUUUUAUUUUUGUCUGUUUCCUUAUUUUAACAAUAAUAUGAUAUGAUGGUAAUGAUAAACACUCUUAUGAGGUUUCGUCAAA